AAUGCGUGGGGAGCAUGUAUAUAAUAGAGUCUUUCCAUUUGAUAAACACAGAUAUCAAACUCAUGAUUAUAGCAAAGGACUGUCAAUAAACUGAGAGGACUCGGCUUGGUUUCGUGGGGGAGCUCGGCGCGCUGGGUACGGCUUUGUGCGUGCAUGGACCGGACUUGUGCGAACUUUUUCUACCUCCUUUACGCACCGUACAUCCUAAAUGCCGUCGCUUAAUUUGACAGCUGUGCACACAAUGGCAGAGGUCGGGACUUUUCUGGGGACGCUCGACUUGGAUUUACAAAGCUUUCCUGCGCUGGGGAAUAUUCCCUUACCGGAGACUCCCGUCGGGCUGAACGAGCGGCUGGGGCAGAUCGAGGGCAGGCUGCAGCGGGGGUCGCCCACCGAUUUCGGGCACCUGAAAGGAAUCCUGAGGCGGCGGCAGCUCUACUGCAGGACCGGCUUUCAGCUGGAGAUAUUCCCCAAUGGCACCGUGCACGGGACAAGGCAGGACCACAGCAGAUUUGGUAUCCUGGAGUUCAUCAGUCUGGCAGUGAGUCUGGUCAGCAUCAGAGGGGUGGAUGCCGGACUCUACCUCGGCAUGAACGAGAAAGGAGAGCUCUAUGGGUCGAAGAAGCUGACCGCAGAGUGUGUGUUCAGGGAGCAGUUUGAGGAGAACUGGUACAACACCUACGCGUCGACCCUGUACAAGCACACGGACACGGGACGCUUUUACUACGUGGCCCUGAACAAGGACGGCUCGCCCAGGGAGGGCGGCAGGACUAAGAAACACCAGAAGCUCACCCACUUCUUACCCAGGCCGGUGGAGAUCGAGAAGAUCCCCCAGGCCUACAGGGAUUUAUUCCAGUACAGGUGACCAGCACUCACACUGGGAGGACUGGUUACA